UUACUGAAUUCCAAAAAUAACUCGAAAUUAAUUAGAAUACUUACAAAACAUUAAGAAUAUUAUCAAUUCAGGCUGAAUAUGUUUCAAUAUAAAGAAAUGGAACAAAAAGUCAGUACCACGUUGAGCAGCAUGGAGGGUGAGCUUAAAGGAACGUACUACCCCCUAACAGGAAUGGAUAAGGCCACCCAGCAGCAACUCAUCGACGACCACUUUCUAUUCAAAGAGGGGGACAGGUUUCUCCAAGCAGCCAAUGCCUGCCGGUACUGGCCAACAGGUCGUGGCAUCUUUCACAAUGAUGCUAAAACUUUCCUGGUCUGGGUAAACGAAGAAGAUCAUCUCAGAAUCAUCUCCAUGCAGAAAGGAGGAGAUAUCAAAACGGUGUACAACCGCCUAGUUACUGCUGUGAACACUAUUGAAUCCAAGCUUCCGUUUUCUCACGAUGACCGUUUUGGUUUCCUGACCUUCUGCCCAACCAACCUGGGUACCACCAUGAGAGCCAGUGUCCACAUCCAGCUACCUAAACUGGCUAAAGAUCGUAAGGUUCUGGAGAACAUUGCAGCUAAAUUCAACUUACAAGUUCGGGGCACCCGUGGUGAGCACACUGAGAGCGAGGGUGGAGUUUACGAUAUUUCUAACAAGCGACGUCUAGGACUCUCCGAAUACAAAGCAGUUCGGGAGAUGCAAGAUGGAAUUCAGGAGAUGAUCAAGAUGGAGAAGGCUGCUUCUUAAAUACAGUAGAAAAGAAAAAAAUUGAUAGCACAAUGACACUUACAGCCAAAGUUGUAUCUAUCCAUACCAUAAUAGUAUGGAGGUCACUUCCUAUCCUGCUGCAAACGCUAUUUUGAACUAUAAAAUAAAUAUCUACAUUUAUUUAUUUUAAAAAUAGGCUAAAUAAAUAUUUGUAAAUAUAUGUAAAUUUAUUAAUGUAGGUUUUGAAAAAUGCAAAAGUCCUUUAUUAUAAUCUGCAUUGUGAAAUUUAUCUAUCUUUAGAGAACAAAAACACAAAACUAAGAAAGUUAAUCAACUAGAUGGCGCCACUAUGCAUCACGUUAUCCACCUUGCUCAUACCCUUUUCCAGAGAAAAUAAAUAAAGAGAAAUGUUGAAUCUGAAAA